CUCGACCGCUCUAAGACCAGUCUUUCACACCUUCCCACGCUGAAUAUUGCCAUAAUUGAGAAUGCAGUGAGGUGAAACGGGUGUGAUUUCGUUAAUAAGCGACGGUUUCAGUUUAACAUUCAGCAAAACAGAACGCUUGAGUUUAUCAGUCACGAGACAAGAGAUAAAUAUUAGUUCUGGCAGUCCAUGAUUCUGUUACGCUUUCAACAUGGACUACGGUUACAACAAGUUGAUGAAAUGUUUUAGACGUAUCGUAACUGUUGCAAUAUUAUUUGGUUUUUUUGUGCGGCUCUCACAUGGCCAAACAAGGCCGCCACCGUCAGAAAAGGUGAAAGUGCCGAUUUGCAAAUCAGCAUAUGAUACAACGUCAUUCUCUAAACCUAAUAUUUUCAACCACACAAGUCAAGACGAAGCGAUACUUCAUAUGCAUACAUUCCAACCACUUAUCACGACAUUUUGUCACCACGAACUGAUAUUUUUCACCUGUUUGGUACACAUUCCCUGGUACCAUCAAGAAUCAGACACGCCAGGGGUACUACGUUCAGUAUGCAGAUCAUUAUGUGAGAAUAUCAGAACAGAAUGCCAGUUCGCAAUCAACAAACUCAACUUUCAUUGGCCAGAACGAAUAAGUUGCGAGAAGUUUGGGAACGAAAGAAACUGUGUCUCUAAAGAUCCUAAAAGAUCGCCAAGGCCAACAGGCAAUCAGACAUGUUCAGCUGUCCUCUACAAUGGUGGUACACCAAUAUGCUCCGAGAUAAAAACAACAGAACCUCCAGUUGGGAAAUAUUUCGUUUUUGUUAACAAUCCAUUUUCAAACUAUUUUGGACACAAGACGCAAGAACAAGCUCUCUAUGAACUGAGCAGACAUGCUAAAUUGAUUCAUCUACUUAUCUCACAACAACCUGACAUUAACAAGACAAAUGAAGUAACUCAGUGUUUAAACGACAUCACGUUCCUUCUUUGCAACCUUUAUUUACCGAAAUGCGGGUCUAAAACUCCCAGAGAUUAUCCCAUCAACUCUUCUCAAUGUAGAAACGUACUUGGAAAGAACUGUAACUCCGCAAUUCAACAACUUUUGAAUCGAGGAUAUAACGUCACUUGGCCACCAGUCCAGGUUGACUGUGAGCGUUUCAACACAAUCAGCACUGGUGCAGCACCUCGCUUUGAAAAAGUCCGAACGUUUGGUGGUCUAUCACCUCCACCUCCAGGCGUUGAAAGCAAAGGUAUUUCAGACAACUUUUUGGAAAUCAAAUGGAAUAGUUUCCCAGAAGAGUACAAAUUUGGAACAACAGUAGAGACUUGUAUUUUGUACAAGAAAUCAGGUUCAAAUGUUGAAUACAUGCACCGACACACCAACAAGAACUCGCAUGUACUGCGUGGUCUUAACGCCAGCACAAAGUAUGAAAUUUUUGUUGCUACUGUAAACAGCGAAGCGUUGUUGCCGGGUGUUUUGGAAAAAAUCGAGUUGCAGACGGUUGAAGGAGUUGAAGAAAUUAAACUGGGAUAUUGCUCGAGUCUAUAUAACUUCACGAAGCUACCAAAUAUAUUUGGACAUCAGACGCAAGACCAAGCUAUACGAUCUAUUCACAAAAUAGGCCCACUUUUAAAUACAGCUUGUUCAUCAGAUCUCAAAGCUUUAAUAUGUUCAGCCUAUCUUCCUAACUACCUUCCAAGUGAACAAGCAAUUCAACCUCCAUGUAAAUCACUAUGUGAACGUGUAACUGAUAAAUGUAAACACGCAAUAAGUCAGCUGAGGUUUAAAUGGCCUGAUGAACUGAAAUGUGGCAAUCUGAAAGAACAAGCGCCGUGCUAUCAACCAAAACCUUUACCAGGUCCACCCGACGAUAAAGGGUGCAAAAGUGUGGACGAGCCGUCGAUAUGUUCUAUUAUAAAUAAGCCCAACACUACCACGUCAUACUUCACCACAGUAUCUGAACCGUUCAGAAAUUAUUUCAAUCAUACAUCACAGGAACAAGCAGCUUACGAGCUCAGUAAACACGCCAAACUACUUAGCUUGUUGUCAACAUUGAUUGCAGUUGAUCAUAGGAAUAGUCUAACGCAUACUCAAUGUGUCCAGAGACUCGCGUAUUUCCUGUGUAGAUUGUAUUUUCCUAAGUGCAAUGGUGGUUCUGAAAUAAGUCAAAAUGAUUGCAAGAGUAUUGUUGAGACAGAUCGACAGAAAGCAGGUCAACUUUACCGACUGGUGUGUCUUGAUUCUGUGGAAAGGUUACAAUUCCAGUAUCGAUACAAUAUUAACUGGCCUCCUGUCCGAAUAAAUUGCGAUUCAAUCGACUCAUCAGUAGUUACGCCAAAAGUUGGGUACAAAGAUAUCAGGUUUCAAGAGAUUUUGCCUCCACCAGCAGACAUAGUUUAUCAAACAAUUGGACAAACUGUACAGUUAAGAAAACAAAGAAUACGGAAUAUUGAACUAACAGAUCCUUCAAAUGCAGUGAAGAUUCUCUACAAACAGAAGGACACAGAAAUGGCAUAUCUCCACAACAAUCACACCUCACUACCAGCAACUUUAAAUAUCGACACCAGCAAAGAUUAUGAAUUUCUUGUGGCUAAUAUGGAACCAAAAAACGGAAUGCCAGGAUAUUUUGACAGAAUUAUGUAUACUGCUGGUGCAUCAGUCAAUAAUCUUCCUUCCAUCUGCCCUACCCAUGAACUGAUAGUUCUACCGAACAAAUUUGGAGACAACUUAUCCAACGCUAGAUCAAGAAUGAUACCUUUGUUCCCCUUGGUUCGCACGCUUUGCAACAGUUGUCUGCAAACGUUUCUUUGUUCUGCUGUAUUUCCACGAUACUAUUUUGGCCGACAGGAUCCUUGCAGGUCGACGUGUAAGAAGAUCUUCGAGGACUGCUCUUAUGCAAUUGCACGCACGAAAUUCUUGUGGCCUGACGAAUUCAAGUGCGACAAGUUUCCAAAUGAAAACUGCUUUGAUGUUACGACGACAUCAAGAUCAAUUCUUAACGAAGAUGAUGAUGGCCUACCACCACCACCACUUAAUCAACGCGGUGCGAGAUCUGUCAGAGAAUGCAAGCCAACAACAGUAGAAAUAUGCUCGAGAAUUCGUGGCGACGGACCAGUCAGUCCCUUCCAAUCAACAUUCGUCGGAGGACAAAUAAAUUACUUCAAGCACUCCUCAACGGCUCAAGCCACAUUUGAACUGAGUCGACAUUUACGUUUACUCAGCGUAUUGCAAGAGUUCGCUCGAAGACGGCACAGGGCAGCAACAGAAUGUCUACGAUAUCUCCCUUUAUUUCUCUGUCACGUCUAUGUACCUUCAUGCCCAGCGAAAACACAACCACAAAGUCUGUGCACUGCUGUACUUGGUAACGGCUCCGUAUGCUUUGAAGCGGUGAAAGCGUUUAACCAAAUGGAUUAUGAUUUGAAAUGGCCACCAGUGGAUGUAAAUUGCAAUGAUGAGAAAUGGUUUACUCCGAAUGGCACACUUCCUAGUGCAAACUUUUUUCCUAUACUACCACGACCACCUCCAUCAAACGUAGAAAUUUCUCGGAAAACAGCGGACGAAAUUUCUGUGAGUUUCAGAUCGUUGGACUCCUCCUUGGUUGGACUGUUGUACAGACAGAAUAAUUCAGAGACAAGUUACAAAAGUUUGGAAGGUGGCAGAGAUCUUUUAAACAUUCCGAAGUUAUCUGCAGCAAUAGAAUACGAAAUCAAAGUUGCAACGAUGGACCGAAAUGGAUUUCCAGGAAUUUUUCGUACAAUAACAAGUAGAACAUUCGAAUCCAGCGUGAUUGAGAUUCCAAGGUCAAUGGAUAUUUGUUAUAAUUACUACAGGAAUACUGCUCUACCGAACAUGUAUGGUGAUAAGACCAUUGAAAGUGCAAAACUAAAAUUCUAUCCAUUUUACCCACUGGUCGACACAUUUUGUUCCAGUGAGCUAGAGACAUUUCUGUGUUCGAUAUUUUUACCUCGUUAUGACCCGGAGUCGCUUGUCAGUCAAAAGCCGUGUCGCGAAGCCUGUGACCGAGUGUACAAGAGUUGUAAAUUCGCUAUUGCUCGCUCCAGGUUCCACUGGCCACACGAAUUGGAAUGUAGCAAAUUUUCGAACGAUGCAACGUGUUACAAUCUAACCAAAGAUGAAACACAAGGAAAAAAGGAGCUUGCAGAUGAAGGGGAAAGGUUUCUACCACCACAAAGACGACGUCGAGCAAUCUCAUCAGGAUGCAAGGAAACUCCUUCAACACCAAUUUGCAGUUCAAUAAGAAGACCUGCGGCAAAAGGUGGCCAACUCUCGGGAGAUGAAUAUUUCAAAACAACAGUCGAAAAUGGCAACUAUUUCAACCACCGCUCUACAGAUGAAGCAGUUUACGAGAUGAGCAGAUAUUCAAACUUGCUAAGUUCGUUGGCAGGGAGCCGGCUUUGUUUCAAUCAACUUACAUUUCUUUUGUGUCAUUUACAUUUGCCUGCCUGUCCACAAUCCCCAAUAAGUCAAAGAAACUGUCUUGAAUUUAUGAGCAAUAAAUCUUCCUGUUUCAUUCCAAUAAAAAAUUUAAACGACAAAGGAGCAAAUUUCAACUGGCCUCCUCUCAAAGUGAACUGCCAAGACAGAAAAUGGUUCAGCAAUUCAACCUUAUUUGAUAAUUUUCAGCAUCUCGGCACAAAUCCAUUUGGUCCUUCUGCUCCAGUCAAUAUUCAAAUCAAUUCAAGGUCUUCUACCAAACUCGGCAUUUCUUUUCAACGAAAUGGCGUUUUCAACGCGACCGCGCUAUACCGACGUAAUGGUUCCUCGACAGCCUAUCAAUUCAUAACACAACACGGAACCGAGAAUCCAGCCAAGCUCUCGCUCGACCAGCUCACACCAGCUACGGAUUAUGAAAUAAAAAUAGCAUCAUUAAGACAAACAUCUGAUUUGCCAGGACCGUUUGUUGAUAUUCAAUCCAACACACUUGGCCAAUGUCAAAAUGACACAACAGGUGACGAUGUUGCUCAAGGAACAUUUUUCUUUGGGGACGAUACAAGAUGCAAACACAUCGCAAGUUCGACAAUGUCGACACGGAGAACUUCCAAAACAAGACUCUAAUGGUAAUAACACAUUUGGUGUUAAUAAAGCCCAGCGAUUUUGUAAAUGUGACAAGAUGAACGUUUGUAAGAAUCCAUUCUGGCUGGAUCCUGAU